AUGACUUUGUCAUUGUUGAAUCCAGCUAGUAGUCAAGGAAAUGUUUCUGUGAAUGCAAUUGUUGGUAUUGGGGGCUUAGGAAAGACUGCACUUGCCCAGUUGGUGUAUAAUGAUGAAAAGGUUAAAAAUUACUUUGAGAAGAAGAUGUGGCUGUGUGUUUCUGAGGAAUUUGAGGUGAAAUUGCUAGUUAAGAAGAUCCUUGAAUGUGCAACUAAUAAUGAGGUGCCUAAUUUAUUAGGACUAGAACAAUUGCGUAUUCGCCUUAAAGAGAAUUUAGAAGGGAAGAGGUAUUUGUUGGCGUUAGAUGAUGUAUGGAAUGAAGAUCAGAAAAAAUGGGAUGAUUUGAAAGCUUACUUGUUGAUGGGUGCCCCAGGGAGUAAAAUUUUAGUCACCACUCGUAACACAAGAGUUGCAUUAGUCAUGGGUGUGGAUUCCCCAUAUGUUUUGCAAGGUCUAGCAGACAAUGAGGCUUGGGAUUUAUUUGAAAAAUUAGCAUUUGGAGAGGGGCAUGGUGCAGUGAUGAAUCCUAACCUAACAAAAAUUGGAAAAGAGAUGGUAAAGAAAUGUAAAGGAGUUCCACUUGCAAUAAGGAGUUUGGGAAGCCUCAUGCAUUUGAAAACUAAAGAGAGUGAGUGGUCUUCCAUUUUAGAAAGUGAAUUAUGGAGGUCAUUUCAAACAAGUGAGAAUAUUCUUUCUGUGCUGAAGUUGAGUUACUAUCACUUGCCCACUUAUUUAAGGCAAUGUUUCACUUAUUGUGCCAUGUUUCCCAAAGAUUACGAAUUCGAUAAAGAAACAUUGAUUCGUUUGUGGAUAGCGCAAGGAUACAUUGUCUGUUCAAGUAAGGAUGACGAUUUAGAGGAUAUUGGAGAUCAGUACUUCAAUGAAUUGUCAUCUCGAUCAUUCUUCCAUCAGUCAGAAAGUAUGAAUGGUUAUAAAAUGCAUGAUCUUAUCCAUGAUCUAGCACAAUCGAUAGCAAAGGGUAGGUACUUUGCAGUAGAGAAUGUUUGCGAAGGAAUCCAUCAUGUAUAUUGGCCAUAUUCUUUGAAUGAAAUUGAGAUGCUGGUUAAAGUGAAGGGCAUGAGGACAUUAUUUUUUAAAAGUUUUCCUAAAAGUGAAACAUUAAAAAAGGUUUCAAAUUUUCAAAGGUUACGUGCCUUGCAUUUAUGGUGGAAUAUAAAUGGAGUACCAAAUUCAAUAGCAAGAUUGAAGUAUUUGAGAUAUCUUGACAUUUCUUGGUGUGAGAUGGAAACGCUCCCAAAGUCCAUAACUAAUUUGCAAAACUUGCAAACUCUAAUACUCUCAUUUUGUAGAAGGCUUCGAGAAUUACCGAGAGAUAUAGAAAAAUUGAUCAGCCUUAGGUGCCUCAUGAUUGAUGGAUGUGAUAGCCUAAGAUGCAUGCCAAUUGGAUUGGGGAAAUUAACUUGUUUGCGCCAACUGUCAGAUUUUGUGGUGGCAAGGGAAGAAGGCUCUAAGGGGGCUAUGCUAAAUGAAUUGAAAAGCCUAAACCAACUUAAGGGAAGGAUUGUCCUCGAAACCUUAGAAAUGUGGAAAAUGUUGAGAUAG